AUGGCAAAAGCCCAGGGAAUGUGUUCUCACGAUGCGCUCCAGCUAGAAUCAUCGCCUUGGGCCGAAGAAGCCGGAUUCGAAAGGGCGAACCCCGACAGAAGGCUCGCAGCGACUACCAGGUCAGGCAGGAACCCACUGGCAGCGAAAGGACAGGCGUCUAAGACCCUUGAGAAGCUGACUCAAGAUGCCGCCGACAAGCUCGCUCCUGCAUUUCCCGGGCCGCUGUUGCUGCCCAAGGACGAUCUCCAUUGGGAUCCCGACUGUCCGCCGCAGUCCUUCCGCUCGUGGCUGAAUGAGAAAGAACGCAAUAAGCCGACGAAGAAACGCAAGACCCUUUACGUGGCGGCCGUGCCUGAGAUCACCUCCGACAUGCCGUUCAUGGAGGGGUGGCAGCAGCCCGUGGACGCAUUUGGACAGCAUUUGGAGAAGCUAGACCCACCGCCCGCUGAGGACAUCGUCAAGUACUUGACGGCAUUCUAUCAGGGUCUGCCCGUGAAGACAUUCGAGCCGCGACUUCGUUUCGUACCUUGGCAGGAGAAGAAGUCCAGCAAGCCAACAGAUGAUACAGAGUACGUUGGGCUAGCCACGCGCGAUGAUUGCACCCGCAUCCGCGCAAGACCAUCUCCAGACGGCGUGUUUAAACGCCAGCUGAAUCUCGAAGACCUUCUUGACGCUGCGAUCGAAAUGCUUCCCGACGACGCUUACUCGAUCAUCCUGCUCAUCGACCAGGACAUGUACGAAUCCGAAGACGACGAUUUCUGCUGCGGGCGCGCGUACGGCGGCUCCCGCGUCUGCGUUGUGUCGAUGGCUCGGUAUCAUCCGGCUCUGGAUGCUCUCCAAGGGAUAGACUACCAGCACCUGUGGCCCGCUUCGCAUUGCAAGGCCUUCGUCGAUAGCCUCUGCGCCGUCGAGGGGCUGAAGGCUGCGAAGCGCAAGAAGCCGUCGCCUCGAGAUUCCAGUUUCCCGUUGCGACGGGCUAUCGAGGCAUCCAAGGGUGUCCUGGUACCGUCAACGCCUGAAGCACGCCGCGGAUUGUGGUUCUCGCGCCUCGCGCGUACGGUAGUGCAUGAGCUGGGACACUGCCUCGGCAUGGGCCAUUGUGUCUAUUACGCAUGCAAUCUUCAAGGGACGGCAGGAAUGGUUGAAGACGUCAGGCAGCCGCCUUAUCUAUGUCCAAUCUGUUUGAGCAAGAUCUCGCAUGCUGUCGCAUACGAGUUACAGGGGAGGGGCGAGAGACGAGCCGAAUAUGUGAAAGAGAGGUAUCAAGCUAUUGCACAUUUCUGCAGUGAUUGGAAAGAGGUUGCGCUCUUUGCUGGUUAUGGUGCCUGGGUCACGGCAAGAUUGGAAGAGCUUUGA